AUGGAACCCAUCGCCAUCGUCGGGCUGUCCUACAAGCUACCGGAAGGUCACAAUGAGGACCACAGCUUCUGGGACAAUCUACAAAGAGGCAGAAGCCUCAGUCGUCCGUGGCCUAAGUCCCGAGGCAACAUCGAUGCAUUCUACAACUCCAACGUAGCGAUGGAUAAUACGGUAUACUCCACGAAUGCUCACUUUGUCAAAGAAGAUCCUGCCGCCUUUGACGCAGCCUUCUUCUCUAUAACCUCGAAAGAGGCCGCAUCAAUGGACCCUCAACAGAGAUGGCUACUGGAAACUUCAUACAAAGCAUUGGAGAAUGCUGGAAUUCCACCAGAAACCCUUGCUGGAUCACAGACGGCAGUGUUCGCUGCUUCCAUGUCCGAUGACUACAGCAGAAUCUUGGCUAGAGACCCCGACGAAGCACCGACCAAUACCGCGACGGGUACUUCGCCUUCUAUCCUAGCCAAUAGGCUUAGCUGCGGCCAGAGCUCAAUGGCUCUUCUUGCUGGAGCGAACGUCCUCCUCAGCGUCGAAAUCUCGCUUUACCUAUCGAACAUGCAGAUGCUCUCACCAGACGGCGUCUCCUAUAGCUUCGAUCACCGUGCUAAUGGCUACGCCCGUGGAGAAGGUGCGGUAGUGCUGGUACUCAAGAGGCUUUCGGACGCGAUUCGAGAUUCAGAUGUCAUACGUGCCGUAGUUCGAGCGACUGGCUCAAACCAGGAUGGACGCACACCAGGCAUCACGCAGCCCAGCGCGGAAUCGCAAGAGCAGUUGAUAAGACACGUUUAUAAGAGCUGCAACUUGGGAUUUGAGUCUACGCGAUACGUCGAAGCUCAUGGAACUGGUACUCAGCUUGGAGAUGCCACGGAGAUGAAGGCGAUAGGCAGGGCCUUCCGGGCUAGCCGAUCACAAAAACACCCGCUAUAUGUUGGAUCCGUCAAAUCUAAUAUAGGCCAUCUCGAAGGCUGUAGCGGACUGGCUGGAAUUCUCAAGUCUAUCAUGAUAUUGGAAAUGGGCGUCAUACCACCGAGCGCACUCUUCGAGAAGAUCAGUCCAAAGAUCAACGCCAAGAUCUACAAUGUUGAGGUACCCACGAAAUGCAUCCCAUGGCCGACCAAUGGGCUGCGUCGCAUCUCAGUCAACUCCUUCGGUUUCGGCGGUUCCAACGGACAUGUCAUACUGGACGAUGCAUAUCACACUCUCGAGUCCAUGAACCUACAAGGCUUCCACAAUACACUGGUUCCUUCAACUCUGCAGGAGCCACGAAUAAAUGGCAGUAUCCCGAAUGGAAACAUGAAUGGCACCAACGGUAACGAUCAUGCCAGCGAGUGCGGAGUGACUGCUGAUUCUACUCACAUGAAUGGCUCGACAACCGAGAGUACUACUCAGAUUGUCGAGGCACCGGAAGGGGGUGUCCAAUUACUUGUCUGGUCAGCAAGGGACGAAGCCGCGUUACGACUCGUAAUACAGCAGUAUACAGACUACUUCGACAAGCGCGUAUCAGGACACGAAGAGAGACUACGUCGCCUCGCGUACACUCUGUCAUCUCAUAGGAGUGUCACGACGUGGAGGGCGUUCGCCGUCGUUGAUGCCAGCGAGAAGUUCAUGGCCAUCAGCGCUGCUACCUCCACCCUGAUACGUUCAGCUCGAGAGGCCGGCAUGGCGUGGAUAUUCACUGGUCAAGGUGCACAGUACGCUCAAAUGGGCUGGGAACUGCUCAGAUUUCCCAUCUUCAAGUCAACUCUGAUUAGGAUCGGGGAUAUAUUUCGCUCAUUAGGCGCGCCGUGGUCCUUAUUAGACGAGAUGGAGCACGGGAACAACAUCAAUCAGCCCCGUUUCAGCCAGCCCCUCUGCACUGCUCUCCAGAUAGCGCUUGUGGAACUACUAAGAAGCUUCCGUAUUGCGCCACUUGCAGUGGUUGGCCACUCCUCUGGCGAGAUCGCCGCGGCGUACUGUAUCGGUGCUUUGUCACUUGAGUCCGCAUGUAAAGUCGCCUACCAUAGAGGAAGACUGGCCAAUCAGCUUAUGGAAUCUUUACCUCGUCCCGGAGCCAUGAUGUCAGUAAAUCUUCCCGAAAGUGACGUUUCAGCAUACCUAGCCAAGGCUUCUCUCUCUGGAAAUACCCACGUUGCUUGCGUCAACAGCCCUUUCAACGUAACGCUUUCUGGCGAUGAGACCGACAUCGACACGCUGAAAGAUCGACUGGAUGAAGACGGCAUAUUCGCACAGAAACUUAGAACUGGCAUAGCUUAUCACUCUCCCGCUAUGCAUGCCAUUUCCGCGGAGUAUUACUCGUCGAUGGGUCCACUCGAACGACGCGAGCAACAAAGCUCGAUCUUCAUGGUUUCCUCUGUGACUGGCACAGUAGUCGAUGCCGAUGCCUUGCUCACAGGUAGUUACUGGGUCGAUAAUCUUGUAUCCCCCGUCAGAUUUGCGGACGCCCUGCGAUACCUUGCCGUGACAGCACCGAAGCUCGAUCGCAAUCACACUAUACAUGAUUAUGUCGAAAUUGGACCUCAUGCAGCACUGAAGAGACCCACCACCGAAACACUGGGCCAAUAUACGACCAAGAAGCAAGCUAGGUACAUGUCUUUGUUGUCGAAAUUCGAUUCUUCUCUUAGAUCGAUCCUGAGGACAAUCGGGUGCUUGUUUACGUAUGGAUACGCUCCGUCGAUCGAUGCGGCGAACCUACAAGAUGCUCAAAAGAAACGCCUGCAGAUCCUGGUUGACUUGCCUGAGUACCCUUUCGAUCGUUCGCAGACAUACUGGCACGAGACUCGACUUAGCCGAGACUGGCGGAUGCGCAACAACGCACCAAGAAACGUUCUCGGCAUAUGUGCUACGGACUGGAAUCCUUCCGAGCCGCGAUGGCGAAAGAUGCUUAGUCUAGAAGAGACUCCUUGGCUUGCAGACCACGUCGUAGGUGACCAGGCGCUUUUCCCAGCCACCGGGAUGAUCAUGAUGGCUUUAGAAGCCGUAAAACAGCACUUUCAGACCGACCAAGUCAUCUUGGGCUACACUAUCAAGGAAGCAACAUUUAUGAAUCCCAUUGUAGUCAGCUCUGAGCCUAAGAGCAAGACGGAAGUGGUGACUCAGCUACGCCCGCUUCGUCAGGACUAUGAGAAGACGUCGACACGUUCAGAAGUUCGUAUUUUCGCUCGAUCAGACUGCGAGUGGACCGAGUGUGUUCGAGCUGAAGUGCAUGUGGACUACGAAGAGACUGCCACGGAAGUAGAUUGUGGUCUUGAAGCAAGAGCUCACGCUAAGGCAUUGUUCGAUAGCUACAUUGCCGCGGAAGAACGAUGCACGCUUCCUAUAAGCAAGACUGAUUUCUAUGACUGGCACAAGAACCAGGGCCUCAAAUACGGCGAAGCGUUCGCGUUGGCAGAUAACAUCCUCUGGGAUGGCGACGAGCUUGGUAUUGCCAGCGUCGACGUCAGUGCGCCCAUACAUUCUUACGAAGGGGUGGUGCACCCAGCAGUACUUGAUGCAGCUUGCCAAGUAUGCUUUACUGCGCCGUCCACUGGCAUGUCGGAUAAACUACCCACGAUUAUUCCUCACAAAGUAUAUGAUACCUGGAUAUCAGCAUCUGGGUGGCAACACCCUCAAACUCGCCUAAUCAGAAUGCUCACGACGUCAAGAUUCAAGAAGACGAUCAAAGGCAUCGAGAGCUCUUUUACAGCGCUCGCAGAUGACGGAUCACCGCUUUGCCAUGUAUCGCGUCUAGAGAUGUCGCCAGUGCUCGGUGCGGAAACGAAGGACGAAGUGGAAAGGAAGCUGCUACAUGGCUUUGACUGGAGGCCGCAGCUAUCGCUCAUGAAGCCAAGCCAACUCCAGGCGUGUUGCGAAGCUGAUUACUUCGCGGAUGAUGAAUCAAUGCACGUCAAAUUCAUACUUGAGCUUGAGCAGACGAUUCGCGCUGUUGUUCACCGCAACCUCGACCGGCUGGAGGACACGGACUGGUCUACAGCACCAACACACAUGAGGAAAUACCUAUUAUGGCUCAAGCUACACCUUGAGCACGUACCAGUACUUUCACGAGACGAAGUCACGGAUGAAGAGCUGAAUGAGAAGCUCAAUCAUACGAGUACGCGAUUCCCGGACUGGAGAAUGUUCAUCGAGAUAGCAGAGCAUAUUGUCCCGAUCGUACGCGGCGACAUCAAUGCGCUCGAACUGCUUUUCUCCACGACCCUCGCCCAAGACAUAUACAAGGCCAUGUUCGCGCCAGUGUACAAUGAUAAGUUCAUCUCGUACCUCAGCCUAGUGGCACACGAGAACCCAACACAGAAGAUCCUUGAGGUUGGUUCAGGGACAGGCGCUAUGACGGAUCACAUCAUUUCCACUCUUCGCGACGUCGAGACCCGUACCGGCGGUACAGCAUUCUCUAGCUACACCUACACAGACGUCUCCCCAGGCUUCUUCGAGAAGGCACGCGAAAAGUUCUCUCACAUCCAGGAUCGCAUGGUCUUCAAGACUUUUGAUAUCGAAAGCGACGUCACAAAGCAAGGAUUCCAAUCCGGUACUUACGACGUAAUCCUCGCCGGUAGUGUCAUCCAUGCCACGAAGAACCUCGCCCUCACACUCCAGAAUCUGAGACGUGCGUUGAAGCCCGGAGGCAAACUCAUUUUCCAUGAGACUACAGCGCCAGACUGCUUCCUCAUGAACUUUGGCUUUGGCAUACUGCCUGGCUGGUGGCUCAGCGAAGAGAAGUUCCGUACUUCCGGACCAACCAUUACAGAACCGGAGUGGGAUCGCUUGCUACGGGAAAACGGAUUCUCGGGCAACGACUUCGUCAUUCGCGAUUAUGAGGAGCCUGCUGCGCAUCAAUGCAGCGUAAUCUUUUCCACUGCUGACGAAGACCUCCAACCCACGCAAAGAAGUGGUAGAAUACUGUUCGUUGUCAACGAUGCCAACCAGUCUCACUAUGGUUUGGGUACCCAACUCUUGCAGCAAAAGACCCGAGCAUCCCGUACGACGACAAGAUUGUGCCUACUCACACAAGUUAUCGGCGCCGACGUGUCAAGAGAAGACAUCGUUGUAUUUCUCGCUGAUAUAAGCGGGGAUAUUUUGAUGUCCACAUCAACUGAAGCAUUCCAGCUGAUUCGGGAAUGGGUACAUGCAUCCGAGAAUCUCUUGUGGGUCUCUUCUGCUAUGCUUCCCAACAACACCGACUGCUCUCCUUAUCCCUGUGCCAGUCUCAAGGAUGGCUUUCUUCGGGCCAUGCGGCUAGAGUUCGCUAACAAGCGUAUCGUAACGCUCUCGAUCGAGGACACGGUCCGCGACUGGAUCAGCGGAUGCGAUGCCAUCUGGGAUGUACUUGACGUAAUGUCCUCAGCGCAGUCGCCGGAACUCGAGUACGUGCUACGCGAUGGUCACAUGCUGACCGGGCGGCUCGUGGAAGAGAAGCAUCUGAACAUGGACUUGAACUCAUUGGUCAAGCCACAGAUGCGAACUGAAUCCUGGCUUCCCGGUCCACCACUCAGGAUCGAGAUUGGAAGCAGAGGCUCUCUCGAAACAUUGCAUUUCGCAGAAGACACUGAACAUUAUGCUCCCCUCGGAGACCGAGAGGUCGAGAUUGAAGCCAAAGCGUGGGGUCUGAACUUCCGCGAUAUGUUUCAAGCUCUCGGUCGGCUGGAAGAAGAUACCUUUGGCUCUGACUGUGCUGGUAUAGUCACACGCGUAGGCUCCGCCUGUACAAGGUUUCAACCAGGAGACCGAAUCUGCGUUUGCGGAGUCGGAUGCAUGCGAAUGUACCCCCGCGCCGACGAAUGGGCUGCCGUUGAGAUUCCAGAGGCCGUCUCGUUCGAAGAAGCGUGCGCAGUACUAAACUGUGGCAUAACAGCCUAUUACUCCCUGGCCGAAGUGGCGAGAUUGCAAAAAGGAGAAAAGAUUCUGAUUCAUGCUGCAUCUGGUGCGACCGGUCAGCUUGCCAUCCAAAUCGCCAAAUUGAUAGGCGCUGAAAUAUUCGUGACCGUAGGCUUCGACUUUAAGAAGCAGCAUCUCAUCGACCUGUAUGGGAUUCCUUCCGACCACAUCUUUUACAGUCGAAACACGACUUUCGCGAAAGGAAUCAUGCGUCUCACAAAUGGGUACGGCGUUGACGUCGUGCUGAACUCUCUCGUGGGAGAGGGACUGCGUGCCUCGUGGGAAUGUGUCGCACCAUAUGGCAGGUUUGUUGAGAUUGGCAAAGCUGACAUCAACGCCAAUUCCUCACUCCCAAUGGCGGCUUUUGCAAACAAUGUCUCGUUCUUCGCGGUUGAUCUGCGCCAUAUUGCUUUGAAUCGUAAGCAGAUGGGACGGGACUUGCUCCACAAGACGAUGGAUCUCGUCGGAGAAGGGAACAUACACUGUCCGAGGCCAUUGAACCUUUUCCCGGUGUCAGACGUUGAGGGCGCGUUCAGAUAUCUCCAGAGCGGGAAGAAUACUGGACGCAUCAUCAUCCAAAUCGAUCCUUCUGCAAAAGUGCAGGACGCGACAUUCGACAACAUGAGUCACACUCAGUGGGUUCAGACUAUCCGUUCCAAAGCCCACACUUCAUGGAAUCUCCACACCGUGCUUCCUCGAGAUCUGGAUUUCUUCAUCAUGUUAUCGUCGGUGGCAGGCGUCGCAGGCAACAUUGGUCAGUCCAACUAUGCAGCAGGCUGCACCUUCCAAGACGCACUCGCACGUCAUCGAGUCCAGCACCAGCAGCGCGCAACGUCCAUUGACCUGGGUGUCAUGCGCACCAUCGGCAUCGUCGCGGAGACUGAACGCUUACACGAGAACUUCAAAAAGUCCGGCAGUCUCGGUCAGAUUGAAGAAGAUGAGUUCCUAGCGGUGUUGACCAUAUACUGUGACCCAGAACAUACGAAGACGCCGAUGACAAUAGACAAGAGUCAGAUCGCCAUGGGUCUAGUAACUCCCGUUGAUCUGAUCGAACGCAAUUUGGAACCAGCUGAGGUGUUGCAGCGCCCAGUCUUCGCAUCCUUCUCGCAAGCCCGUGGCACAAACCAUUCCAACACACAGAGUAGCGUCAGUGCCGCUACGCUGUUCAAUCUUGCGGAGGACGAUGAGCAGCGAGUAGCAGUAGUCCUCGAGGCGCUGGCGCGCAAGCUCGCCCGCGCACUGUCCAUCCCUCCAGAGGAGAUUGACGUCAAUAAACCCCUUCACGCUUUCGGGGUGGAUUCACUUGUCGCAGUCGAGCUGCGCAACUGGAUUGGCAAGGAGUUUGCUGCGGACAUUGCGGUUUUCGAUAUCAUGCGCGGUAGGACCGUGGCCGCAAUCGGGGAGCUGAUCACGAAGAUGAGUCAACUCAAGCGGACGAAGAAAACUGUGGCCAGUCUUGAGGCAGAUGCAUGA